AGUGACGUGGAUGUAGCUAGCGGCAGGGGUUCCUUUAGAGCGAUUCGUUGAGUAAAUAGAUCCGAAACCUAAGGGCAAAAUGGUGAGAAGAAAAAAGGAAGAGAAACAUGAAUGAAGGGGCGAGCGAGAGCGAGGAAGCAAAAACCCUGAUUAUUUAUCAUCGAGAGGUGAGUGAGUGAGUGAGUGAGUGAAAUAGAGAUUAGAGAGUGAGAGAUCUGCAGCAAAGAGAAAGAAAGAGCGUGUUGGUGUGUUGGUGUGUGUUUUCCCUCCCCGAGUCCCCAGAGAUUACAUAAAAUCUAAACCUAUCUUUUGAUCGGAGAAAGAAAGAUGAGGAUCCGCAAGAACGCCAAGCUUUCCCCUCUUCUGUUCUCGUCGUGCGUAGAAGGUGGUUCGGUUCCGGUGGAGACGCACGUGUGCCAGCUCAACCAGUCUCCAUGGGAUGUGAUCCCCUUCGACUCCGACUCGAUCCAGUUCCAACUCCACCCCACCUUCCCCGCGGGAAACAAUGGCACCGCACCCCACUCCUUCGGCCCCGUAGAAAGCCUCGCCUCCAUCAUGGAUACCGAUAACUCCCACCACGCGAUGACGACGAUAGUGCCACUAAAUAAUAACAAGGUGGCGACCAUGAAUAUCGGCGCCACCGCACCCAUGCCCAACCCUUGUCAGAAAUUUGAUAACAAGGGUUGGCCAUGUAAGGUGGAAGCCAGCCAAGGGCAAUCGUUUUGCAACCAACAUUUGUCUUUGUCUUUGUCCGUUCCAUACAACAAGAAGCCUCAAACUCAGGUUCAAGCUCAGGUUCAAGCUCAAGCUCAAGCUCAAGCUCAAGCUCAAUCCUCCGCCACCGGAACUCGGCGUUCCAAGUCUCGUGCGGCGGGGAAGAAGGCGGCGGCGGGGAGCUCCAACCCUUACGAAUUCUACUAUUAUUCGGGGUUUGGGCCCUUGUGGGGCAAACGAAGAGGUGAUAGGAACGGAGAAGGGAGCAAGAGUGGUUUGAAUUCGACGGUGGAGUCGGAGGAUGUGGCGGUGGAUGAUAUUAACGAUAAUGUGGCGGGUGUGGGGGGUGGUACUUCGGUUUCGGAGAUGGAUAAUGAGGGGAUAAUCGAUUAUGUGGAUGAUGACGAGGAAGAGGUAGACGAUAGCGGGAAGAAGCGAAUGAGGAAGCCCGUGAAAGCAAGGUCGCUGAAAUCGCUCAUGUGAGGGUGUUGGGUGGGUAUCUAUGUAGGGGUGGGGAGAUAUAGUAAAAUCGAGGGUUGGGGUUCAAUGUCUUUUGUGAUUAUCGUAAUUUGUUGUUGUCUUUUUAUUAUUUUUAUUUCGGUGUUGGGUUGGGAUAUUUAGGGUUAUGAAAAUAAUGAUGUUAAUUUUCGGGUUCACAUGACGAUGGGUUAGUUCGCGGGUGAGGUUAGCCUUGCCAAUAUGACUGACGGUAGGGGUUUUUUUCUGCUGCGGAGGAGGUGGACCGUAAGAACUCUGUGUUUCAAAAUGAAAGGGUGUAAUGGUAAAUUGGGUUCAUGGAUUUUAGACUUUUUUUUUUUUUUUUUUCUUAAGGUGGUUCUUUGUUUUGCCUUUAAUAU